AUGGUUUUCGUCGUCGAGAUAGAAGACCGUUGCUUCGCGAAGCCUUUUCUCGGCGGAUGGAAAAACGUCGUGACCGGAAGGGAGUAUCACGACGCCCGCACGCAAACGUGCCCCAGGGGCAGCCUCGUUUAUCCACGGGGCAAGAAGAAACACGAGGACGAAGCAGCGCCGGCAGCAGCUCGCUCUCCUGCUUCUUGUGCCGCAGCCCGCCCGGCUGCGAACGUGAUCACUGAGACGCGUGAUCGCUGUGUUGGUACGGACACUUCCCUAGCCUACAGAGCGAGGGUCGAGUUCGGAGCACUGGCUCGUUUGUCGCGCGAGACACGUGCGCAAACACCGCCGAAGCCUGAAAAAAUUCAUCACUUCCGUCACUGCCGAUCGAGUAGAUUCGAGAUAGUGAAUUUGGCGGGGCCGUCGAAGCGUUCGGAUUUCGAGUUGGUGCAGAGCGUUUUGGAGCGUUGGAGAUAUUGGGAGAACGCGAGGCUCGACGGUGGCUUCUUCGAAACGAGUAAACUGGCGGAACGCGGUAGAAUACUUGGCAGGGAGAUCGAACUUUUACGUUCGAUAGAGGCGACGAAGGCGCGGGUGCGCGAGGAGCGAAGAGAGCGGCGGCAUCUCGCAGAUCUGGACAGGUUGGCCGAGCCGGAAGUUUGGAAAGUGGGAAGCGGCGGGGGGAGGAAAAUUCUCGUGGAAACGCUGAGGGUCCAGCGAGCUCGGGAGUGUCGUGAUUUUUAUCGAUCGCUAUUCGUCGAGGCAAUCUCGGCGGAGGAUCGAUUGGAGAGGCUGAAAAAACUGCGGGAGUACGCGGCUGAACACACUUGCGAGUACGCUCGCGAUCUCAUUUCCUCGGUGGACCAAGAGAUCGAACUUUUCGGGAUGAGUCACGACGAGAAGUUAAUGAACUCGCUGAAGAAUCGUUCCCGACAGGCUUUGUUACGUCUGACGAUAAACUCGUGUUCCUUGGGACAGAAACUCGGAGAUAAUCGAGCCUCGAGUCCGCCUCGAUCUCGAAAGCCGAGAAAAUCUUUUUCCAAAGUGUGCGAAAGGUGCGGCAGAUUUCUCACGAUCGACGACCUUUCGGCCCGCAUCAUUUCCCCCGGCCAGCCGCUCCUGCCGACUUGUCAAACCUGUCGGAACUCCCAACCCGGCAAAGAUGCCAAAAUCGUUUACGAGCCUUACGACAUUAUGAUACGAGACUUGAGAAUCCGAGAAACUAAUUUGGGCUCCUCCCCGUCCAGCGGUGAUCCAGCUUGGCGCGUCGACUCCAGGAUCAUUUACCGCCUCGUAAAUUACGUCUGGCACGGCAAAUCCGGCAUUUCCGAAUCCGACGACCUCUACCGUCUCGUCCUCGUUCGUUUCCGUCCCCAAAACGUUUGGUCGCCGUGGAACAAUCUUUUGCUGACUAAGCGCGAGGCUGCGCUCCACCAAUCGAUGCAAGAUCCUUGCCAGAUUUACGCUCCGACUAUCGCCAAAAAAUUCGUCGUCAAAAACUUGCAAGCUAAACUGCGUUUCGACCUCAGCGUCUCACCCAAUCUUCUUUGAAUCCACCCAAUAAAUAUCGUUGAAUUCCAAGAAAUAAUCCGACUCAGCCAACCUGAGUUCAAAGGCAAAAACAUCGAGUCGGAUUAGAUUUAAGGAGGGUGGAUCACGAAAUCAAAAUAAUCAGAAUUUGAUCAAAUUUGGUGAUAACAUUCUUU